GUAGCUUCUGUGGGGAAGUUUAGGCGCCUUUCUGGAGACGAGAGGCUGGAGGAGGCGGGAGCGAGUCGCCUCCCUGGGGGUCAUCGCCGUCGCCCCGCUGGGGGGAAAGCCCCCUGCCCACUAUGUUGCUGCCCUCCGACGUGGCUCGCCUGGUACUCGGGUAUUUACAACAGGAAAAACUUUUAACCACCUGCCGGACGUUUAUAGUGGAAAGUUCAGACUUAAAAGAAUAUGCAGAACACUGUACAGGGGAAGGCUUUGUUCCAGCUUGUUUGUUGUCCCUGUUUGGAAAAAACUUAACCACCAUACUGAAUGAGUACAUAACAAUGAAAACAAAAGAAACUUCAAAUGAUGUUCCUGCAAUGAUGUCAUCCUUAUGGAAGAAGUUGGACUAUACACUGUCUCAGAUCAGGAGCAUGCAGAAUUCUAGUGGAUUUUCUGCUCACCAAAGAAGUCGCACAAGAAGCGCAAUUGCAGAUAUGAAGAAGCAGAAGUGUCUCCAGCCGUCAGCAUCUUCUCAUUUAGGAUCAUCGUGUCUAUCACUUCAGCCAGGACAGCUGAAUCCUGCUCCAGUGACAGCCACGCAAGUUAUUCUUAAGCCAUUUAUAACUCCCAUUCAGGCUCAGACACGGUCAAGCUCUGCAUCCGCCCACCAGCCACAAGCGCUGGGAAGCCACGAUAACACAGGAGAUCCUCUCUGUUUAGCUUCUGCUGCAGUUCAAGAACAGAAGCUUCAUUCAGGUGUGAUGUCUCCAGGAAAACGAAAAAGUGAUUCCCAAAAGAAAAAAAAUGUAUCUUCUCGACCACAGUCAUCUACUAGUAGUUCAGAGGAUUCUCCCACAGUGGAAGAAGAAAGCUCCCCCAUGGAAGAAGAAAGCGAGCCACUUGAAGAACUUAUAGAUGGCAACUUUCCUCAAAUGGUUAUUGAAAAUGCCAGGGAGAAAAUUCUGAGCAACAAAUGUCUUCAGGAGAAGUUAGCUGAAAAUAUUAACAAAUUCUUGGGCAGUGAUGGCACUGUUUCUCAGAUUCCAAAGCAACCAGACAGUGGCCCUACAAUACAAGAGUCUUCAAUUGAUGAAUUCCUUGGUCUCCAGCAGGGGGAAAUUCACAUGACUGAGGAAGCCAUCCAGGAAAUUCUGGAACAAACAGAGUCGGAUCCAGCAUUUCAAGGACUCUUUGAUAUGUUUGAUUUUGGUAAAUCCAAGGGUAACAGAAAUGGUUCUCACGGCAUUCUUGCUCAAGAUGGAGGGGAAGAGAAUACUAUGCUGGUGGAUGAAGAAAAUCUGGAAGUACUCGAAACCUAUAUUAGAACAAAAGAAAUGAGUGAUGGUUCCCAAGAGAGAUUGGCCUACACAGGAGAUCAUUCCAAAGAAGCAACUGGCAGUGAUGUAAUCUUGGAAGAACAUCUGAAGAUGCAAAGUAUAAUAGCUGGAGAAUUUCAAGGGAUCUCUGAAGUGAGGACUGAAACUGCUUCGGGUGACACAGGAAUGGAUAACCAGCAACUCCCACAUAAACCUACAUUUGAAUCUGAGCCAGACCAGGUUUCUGCCCCUGAGUUCAGUGUACACAACACAGGUUCUUACGAGAAGCAAGAGACAACAGCAGGUAGAACAGGUAUAGAAACCGAUGCAGGCACAGACCUGUUGCAUCAGGAAGUCCAAAACUUACCAGAGUUGCAGUAUGAACCGUUGGAUGCUCAACAGAAGUCCCUAUCAGAUGGAGCUGAGUGUUGUUCAUUGCCCGAUAAUCUAUUGUCUGAAAAGACAAAUGCAGAAUUGCUCUCACCUCUACAUUCUGGUCACAGUGAGAUGCCGGCAGUAACGAAUGUAGCAGACUCUCACUGUUUGGAAGAUUCAGAUAAAAUGGUGGAGCAGAUAGCUCAAGGAGUACCUUUGUUUUCUGCUCCCUGCCAACAAAAGCCUAACAGUCCUACUCUUUCUAACUUUCAAGAUCAGAAUAAAUUGACAUUAGAUUCUGUCACAGUACCUGUAGUCAGUGCAGUGGAUCCAGCUGCCACAGCGCUCCAGCUUGAAGUGGUAGAUACUUCCCGCAGUUUACAUUCUGAUGAUCAACUUGUGCUUGAAGAGUCCUGUUCAAAACACCAAGACCAGAAAUCCGAGGAUUCUGAGGAGAUACGGGUAGAUACGCAGGAUCCAUCAUCUUCUACAAAAACAGGUGCCGAUAGCUUAUUUCUGCCUUCUAACAAUGAGAGGCAUACAGAAACACCUGUGGGAAGCAAUACCACCAUCUCCACUGCGUGCCAGUCUCCUCCUCCAGAGCCAGCGGGGGAAUCAAGUCCAGAGACCAAAGCGGCAGGCAGCGUUUCAUCUAGCACUCAAGCUACUGACGAAGAUCCCUCCAAUAUUGUCUCCUUAAAAAUCAUAAUCAGCGAUGACACCUUCAUUUCAUCAGAUGCUGAGCUGAACAAUGCUGUUUCCAGCAUCACUGGAGAGAAUUUGCCUACUAUCAUAUUGUCUUCUCCGGCAAAGUCACCAGCCAGGAUAACAGGACCAGCCAGAUGCUUCAUAGCUCCAGAAGAGACUGAAAGACUGGGGGAUUCUGCUUUAGUAGAACAGAAUCUUCUCCUCCUCAGAUCUCAGGAUUCUGUUGUGAGUACACUCAAUGUGCAGAAUGAAGAGUGUGCUGUACUUUCCAUUGCUGGGACAUCCAGUGUUGCCAAAGAUGGAGGAUUUAUACAGCUGAUGCCAGGCGCAAGUACAUCUUUUGGCAACUCCAACAGUGUCUAUAUCGCCACCUGUGUGACUGAGCCAGCAGCUUUGAGUACAAAUGUUACUCCAUCAAAUUUAGUUAUGUUGCCAGGCAAUUCCACGUCCCUCACAUCGCCAGUCCCGACAACUCAGCAGUUACGGACGCCUCCCAGGACAAACAACUUGUUUGCCUUGAACCCACCAAUGUCUCCAAACUUCUCACAGGGAUCUGCCAUUAUAAUCGCAUCUCCAGUGCAGCCUGUGUUGCAAGGAAUGGUGGGAAUGAUUCCGGUAUCUAUAAUGGGACAAAGUGGAAAUGCAUUCUCAGAUCCUUCUCGUCAGGUUCUGCACAUGCCUGUACAGACUUCUUUAUGCAGUGGAGGAGUUCCAAAAUUACCUCUCCCACCCAAAUCUCAGAAGUUUCCAAGAAGCAAGUCAAAUGCCGGAAAGCUAAAAAUGGAUAAGAGUGGAUCAGAUCCCGUAAAUCGUCCUGGUUCUCGGAUGCAAAGAGUUGGAAACCUGGAGAAGAAUGCCUGUGCCAACUUGAGAAAGAAGCUAGAGGCUGUUGCUGUUGACACCACAAGCUCCAAUCCCAAGCAAAACGAAAGCCACAGAAGAGUGCUUUGCUUUGAUAACACUCUGCCUGGUGCAGGAGGAAGCGCUCCAGUUUCACAGAAAGAAAGGAGUGAAAACUCUUUACUGUCUGGGAAUUCUCCCAGUGGAAUGCCUUCUUCACCUGCUAAAGCUCAGUCCAGCAAAAGAGAGCGAGAGAGGACUCUGCCUAGGAUUUUAUGUAAACCAGACAUUGCUAACCGGAACACUGCUGUGAAGGAAGCCCAGUCUGAGAGGAAAGCUUCAGGUCCAGGACUGGCAUCAGAUGUGUUAAGAAAGCAGACUGCAAAUAAAGAGAAUGAAAUAGAAAGAGGUGUUGACAAAAAAAGCCAAAAUCAUGAAGCAGCUUCCCUGUCAAAUGGCCAACAAAGUAUUAACCUUCAUAUUGAGAAGAACGGCUCACCAGCACAAGAACUGACUAAAAAACAGGGGCUCCAACUGAAUGCAAAUAGCAAAAAAUCUGGAGUUUUGACUUCAAAGGAGCCUAAGGACCAAACAAAAUCUCCUAGCCAAGGCCACUGUUUGACCAGUCCAUUAACCAAACAGGCUGUGGAACUGCUACAUGAUAUUCAGAGGCAUAGCCCUGCUAGUAAACUACCUGAAAAUGGUGAUUUGCCAGUACCCCGUACCCCUUCUGGAACUGGGGAUAGACACUCAGAUGACACGUUUGAUAUAAUAAGGACACCAACCUGUAAACGGUACACUGAAGAUAGUACAACGCCCAGGAUCAUGGUCCCUCCAGCUACUCCUGACUUGCCAGCCUGUAGCCCAGCUAGUGAAACAGGCAGUGAGAACAGUGUUAGCAUGGCUGCCCACACUUUGAUGAUACUUUCACGAGCAGCUAUUGCAAGGACAAAUACGCCUCUUAAAGACAAUACCCAACAGUUUAGGUCUUUAAGAAGCACGGCAAGAAAAAGGAAACAGGAAGACGCGGUUGAGUGUGAGAAAAAUUCCCGGGCUGCCAGCAAAAAGGACCUUCAGAACUUCACAGUGCCAAUAAAAAAGAAGAAAGUAAAGCAGAAGAAGCUACCAGUUUCUUUUCCCGAGGGAAUGGAUGUGGAUAAGUUUUUGUUAUCGUUGCAUUACGAUGAAUAAUGAACACUCUUGAUUUUAGAUUAUGUUGUUCCCUGGUGAGUUUAAGGAGAACAAAUUGUAUGCUGCACACUUGGUGCACUGAAGUUUUCAUUGUAUAAAAAAAUCACAUUGGUUCUGAAGAAAGUUGUAUUUAUCAAUAGAAUUUCAAGUUGGUGAAUGAUCGUUGGAGAGAGCACUUAAUAUAGAGCCCAUCUUCUAUGUUUGUACAGGUGUACUUGGAUGUUGUAAAUUUUGUACAGAUAUUGAAGUUUAAAAGCAAAAUAUUUUAUUAAUAGCAGCAGACAUUGGGUGUGUUCAGCUAAAUCUGAACAGAUAAUAAAAGACUGGUUGCAUCGCGAGAAGCAUUCCUGCUCCUAAACAUGCUUAGAAGUUGGUGCCACUGAGUUCAGAGGAACUUGCUUCUAAGAUAGUUAUACUUGAGAUCACGGCCUGUGACAGAAUCUGCAACUAAGUUUCAGACUGUGAUUUAGUUGGGGAAAGUCUAUCUAAACUACAAAAAUGAAAAUUCAAGUAAUUUUGUAUUGGGAAUUUAUUUUUCCUGUUCUACAUAUCUUUCCCUCUAGUUGCAACUGUUACAAUAAAAGCUUUUCAAUGUUUUGAUAAAACCUUUGAAUCCUUAAUCUGCCAUUUGUUUUUCUUCUACUUCAAUCUUGUGUAAAAUGCAACUUUUUGUCUUCCUUAAAGUUGGUGAUGACACACUUAAUUACAUCCAUUAUAGGUAUUUUAUACUGAGAUUUUAAGUCGAUUCACAUGUCAGGCUUCAUACUGCCAUUCGUGCCUCUUCCUCCACUCUCUCUAGAAUGACCCAUCUCUCUGCACCAAGUGCUGCUCUUAAGGAAUAAAAUCUUCGCUGUUGGCCUAAUUCUACCAUGCCGCUCAGCCCUAGUGGAAUGAUGUUUGGUUUUUUAAAAAGGGCUCCAGUUAGCCAACCCCUUUAAUUUUCUGGAUUUAGCUGUCUGUAUUCUCUAGUUCAGCUAGUAACUCUGCUUAGAUGUCAAACUGUGGUUUAUUUUUUCGGGGUGUGUGCAACAAACUUAGUUUAAGGGACUAGAUUAAACAGGUAACAGACCAUUGUUUGUAAGUACCAGUUAGGAAAAAACUAAGCAGCCUGAAACACCCUUGCAUUGCUAAGUUGUUAGCACCCCACUUGCUGUUAGUGACAUGUAAGAAUGGAGAUGGGGGAGGCUACAAGAAGACUCAGUCUCCACCCCUAGCUGCAUCUCUAAAUUAUUUAGAGAAACUGGAGGUUCAAUGAGGCGCAGCAAGACGAGAGACAUUAAAAUACCCUGUUCUUCGGAAAGGCAAAAAGGGAUCACGGAAGC